GUUGUAGUUUGUGGUGUGUUGUUGUUGAUGUCAACUGCAAUGGCAUCGGUUGUAUCGGCUCAAAACCCCGAUUACAAGCUCGCGCUGAGCAAGAGCUUGCUGUUCUUCGAAGGGCAGCGAUCAGGGAAGCUUCCUCCUAACCAACGCCUGACAUGGAGGAAGGACUCGGCUCUACUCGAUGGCCAAGAGGGUGGUGUUGAUCUAACGGGGGGAUACUACGACGCGGGGGACAACGUGAAGUACAGCUUUCCGAUGGCGUUCACGGCGACGAUGUUGGCGUGGAGCAUCAUCGAGUUCGGCGACGGGAUGGGAGACGAGGGGGUUCGUGCUGCGGAAGCUCUGAGAUGGAACACAGAUUUCUUGCUGAAGGCCACGGCUCACUUGCCCAACACUGUCUACGCCAUGGUGGGCAACCCCUACAGUGACCACAACUGCUGGGAACGGCCCGAGGACAUGGACACCCCGCGCCCCGUGUACGCCGUCAACACCACUCACCCGGGCUCAGAGGUUGCCGGCGAGAUCACCGCCGCGCUCGCUGCUGCAUCAAUCGCGUUCAGGUCCUCCGACACUGCGUACGCCCGGCUCUUGUUGUCUAGAGCGAAGCAGGCGUAUUAUUUCGCAAACACCUACCAGGGCUCAUACAACGAUAGCAUUGGCGACGCAGUCUGCCCAUUUUACUGUGAUAUCAGUGGCUACCAAGAUGAGUUAGCUUGGGGAGGAGCAUGGUUGAAUAAAGCCACCAACAGCCAAAAAUACCAAAAAUAUGUUGAUAAAGCCAUUCGAAACAUCAAACUCAUGGAAGAAGCAACUGGGUAUUAUAAUGUCGACACUGAGUUUUCAUGGGACAAUAAACACGCAGGAACCUACGUCCUCCUAAGCCAGGUAUUAAUUUAUAUAUAUACACCUGGUGAAAAUAUAAGUAAAUAUGUUGGUCACUAUAAAACUGAAGCUCAAACCUUUGCGUGCGUGGUGUUGCCAGAAUCCCCCACCAAGACCAUGAAAUACACACCAGGUGGUUUGAUCUACAAGACUAGAUCAUCCAACAACCAAGUCACCGGCGCAGUUUCUCUCCUCGCUCUUGUGUAUGCGAAGCAUCUCACACAGGCUAAGGGAACCAUUACUUGUGGCAAAACCCAAUUUCCCCCUUCAAAGCUUGUAGACUUGGCGAAAAGUCAGGCGGAUUACAUCUUGGGCCACAACCCACUGAGAAUGUCUUACAUGGUUGGCUACGGCUCCAAGUUCCCUCAGCACAUUCAUCACAGGGCCUCCGCCCUCCCAUCCCUGGAUGUGCAUCCCUCAUUCAUUGCAUGCAAAGACGGCACUCCUUACUACAUGAGCCGCAAGCCUAAUCCGAAUGAGUUGACGGGAGCUAUUGUCGGAGGGCCUAACAAUGGAACGGAUUACUUCGACGACGACCGGAAACGACCAGCUCAAAGUGAGCCCACCACUUAUAUCAAUGCGCCCUUCGUCGGUGUGUUUGCUUACUUUGCUAAUCAUUAA